AAGAGUAACAAAUAUUUACUUAUCUUUCGCAUAAACCGACCUCUUCCCAUAUGAUGAUAGCCGAAAAGAUCACCACAAAAAGAAGAAAAUGCAACAUGGCCCAAUUGCUCUUAUGCCUCCACCACCAUACACCCUACACCCCCUCUUCAUAUAUAAAUAUUUAACAUAAUCUCAAGGCCACAACAUGAACUACGAUACACCCUCUUAUUCUCUCUUCAAUUCAAUCUCAUUCACUCCUUCUUUUCCCUUACCCUUUUGUUAAAUCCUAGAUUUUUUUCUCUCAGAUUUCAUAAACAACAAUUUGAGGUCAGCAACAAGUACUGUCACAAACACAAACCUGCGGCUCUCAUUGAAACACACAACACAACACAACACAACACCAUAUCCAUACCUAGUCUCAAUAUAUUUACUGUACUUCUUUGUUUUGUCUCCUUCAAUUGUUGUCUCUUUUUGUUUUUUCUGCAAUACACAACUUUCACUUCCAUUCAAUCCUUCAAUUUUGCAUCACAUAUUUCAAUUUUGCAUUUUUAAAUUUACCAUUCUACCCUUUUAAGAGACUAGCAAGAACUUAAGUUCUUAGAACCAAACAUCAACCAAAUCCAACUUCAUCCUCAAAAAAAGCUUCAUUCUUUACCAAUGGCAACAUGGUUUUUAACAGAAUGUAGCUUUAGGCCACUUCCUCCAUUAUACCCUAAUCAAAGAACAGGCGCAGUUUCAUCUCAAAAACCUUCAAAGAUUAGAUUUUUAAACAAAACAAACAAAAGGGUAUCUUCAGAUCUAAGGUUCAAUUCAAAACCAUGGGAAUUGAGAGUGAGUGCUCCAUUGAGAGUUAGUACCGAGGAAGAAGAAGAGGGUGUAGAAAAUUUACCAAAAUUUGACCCUGGUGCACCACCACCAUUUACAUUAGCUGAUAUAAGAGCAGCUAUACCUAAACAUUGUUGGGUUAAGGAUCCAUGGAAGUCUAUGAGUUAUGUAGUUAGAGAUGUUGUUGUUGUUUGUGGAUUGGCUGCUGUUGCUGCUUAUGUCAAUAGUUGGUUUGUUUGGCCUCUUUAUUGGGCUGCUCAAGGAACAAUGUUUUGGGCUCUUUUUGUUCUUGGUCAUGAUUGUGGUCAUGGAAGCUUUUCAAACAAUCCCAAGCUUAAUAGUGUUGCUGGACAUUUGCUGCAUUCUUCAAUCUUAGUACCAUAUCAUGGAUGGAGAAUUAGUCAUAGAACACAUCAUCAAAAUCAUGGCCAUGUUGAAAAUGAUGAAUCAUGGCACCCUUUGCCAGAGAAAAUCUUCAGAAGCUUGGACAAUGCAACAAAAACUUUAAGAUUUACAAUACCUUUUCCAAUGCUUGCAUAUCCUUUCUACCUUUGGAGCAGGAGUCCUGGGAAAAGUGGUUCUCACUUUGAUCCAAACAGUGAUUUGUUUGUACCAAAUGAAAGAAAAGAUGUUAUCACAUCAACAGUUUGUUGGACAGCUAUGGCUGCUUUGCUUGUAGGUUUAGGAUUUGUAAUGGGUCCAAUUCAAUUAAUCAAACUUUAUGGCAUCCCCUAUGUGCUUUUCGUCAUGUGGUUGGAUUUGGUGACUUAUUUGCACCACCAUGGCCAUGAAGACAAACUACCAUGGUAUCGUGGACAGGAAUGGAGUUAUCUUAGAGGCGGACUUACGACUCUCGAUCGUGACUAUGGUUUGAUAAAUAACAUCCAUCAUGACAUUGGAACUCAUGUCAUUCAUCACUUAUUUCCUCAAAUCCCACACUACAACUUAAUAGAAGCUACUGAGGCUGCAAAACCAGUUCUUGGAAGAUAUUACAGGGAGCCAAAGAAAUCAACACCUAUACCAUUUCAUCUCAUUGGAGAUUUAAUAAAAAGCAUGAAAAAAGACCAUUUUGUUAGUGACACUGGUGAUAUUGUUUACUAUCAAACAGACCCUAACCUUAGUGGCUCUUCUACAUCAAAGUAAUAAUAUUUGAUGUUCAUUCUUUUUCCUCUAAAAAAACAUUAGAGGCCACAUAAUAUUAUAUGGCUUGACAUAACACAUUUUCAUAAAUAACUUUGAAAAUUGUGUCUGAGCUUGAAAUAUGAUAGCCCUAUACAUAUUAAGAGUGAAAAAUUCCUCAUAAGUAAAGGGUAAAGGUGCUUGACAAAAUGGAUUGUGCCUUGGUGCUACUCAAUGAUUGAAGUAUGAGCAAGAUAUAUGUAGUGUGUUCUUCAUUGAAGAUCAAGUUUUGUGUAAAUUGUUUAUUCUUGAUGGAGGAAGUUUUGUCAUCAUGAAAGUAAUAAUUUUUUUCUCAACCUCAAAAAUUUGAGUGAUUAUUAUUGAAUGGAAUUGAAGCAACUAAUGUCACUUUCUUA